UUCGCUGUUUUCAUUUUCUAUAAAUUCAAACAGUUUAAUUCCCACGAACAUAAUUGAAUAGUUACUACGCCUGUAAACACUUAUAAAUUAUUAUCACGUUAAUUUAAAAAUGACGCAAGCACGUUUUGCAAGUUGUAUUCCAUUGCCGUUAGAAAACAAAGUGCUAGUAAAUGUGAUUGAAAAAGCUAAAGAUUGGGCCCUCAUGCACGGCGUUGGGAUGAGAGACAAGAAACAUUUUACAAAAGAUUCCAUACAGAUUGCACCAUUUGUACUGUUGCCUUCACCUUUUCCACGAACGGAGUUCACCAAAGCAAUAGAACUGCAGCCUGUGCUGAAUGAACUGAUGCAUAAGGUUGCGCAUAAUGAUGAAUUUCUAGAACACACACUGCAAAAUGCACUCCAAGUGGACGAGUUCACAGCAAACCUAUACGAUAUAUGGGUUAAAAUAAGAAAUGAAGGUAUCACACAGCCGAUAUCGCUAGGCAUGCUGCGUUCGGACAUCAUGUUGGAGUCGAGGUGUCCACACACAGAGAACCAGUGUGCGAAACACACACCGUAUUGUUCAUGGAAGCAGGUUGAAAUCAACAGCAUAGCGUCCGGCUUCGGCCAUCUUGGCCCAUCCGUCAGCCUCGGGCUCUUCCGAUCUGACUACCUGAUGCACAACGCGGACCAGAAUCGUAUCAAGCAAGUGGAGUUUAACACGGUUGCAGCGAGUUUUGGCGCCAUCACAUCCAACCUUCCCGCCAUGUCUCGCUACAUUCUACGGCAGUUAGGACAUGGUGAUUUGAUAAAAAAUAUGCCGGAAAACCGGGCGCUGUCCGGUCUCUGUUCGGGCAUCGUAGAAGCUUAUGACUUGUUCGGAGUGCCGACCGCUGUGGUGCUGUUCGUGGUUGAGGAGGUAUCAUACAACAUCUGCGACCAGAGGUUCCACGAGUUCGAAAUAUCAGAAACACGGCCCGAAAUUAUGAUAUACAGAAAAACACUGAAUGAAAUAUAUGAAGAGACUGAGUUAAAUGAUAAGAAACAACUGAUCUUUGAAGGUCGUCCGGUGGCUGUGGUCUACUACCGCUCCGGUUACGAGCCGGCGCAGUAUCCGAGCUCCCGCGAAUGGGACGCGAGACUGCGAGUUGAACGAUCCACUGCGAUAAAGUGCCCAUCGAUUCAAUACCAACUGGCUGGUACGAAGAAGGUACAACAGGCGCUGGCGGCUGACGGCGCCCUCGAACGAUUCAUGGGCUCGAGCGCGGCCACAGCACGCGUCAGAGAUAUAUUCACCGGACUGUACUCGCUGGACUUCGACGAGAGUGGCGAGAGAGCGGUGGAUAUGGCCAUCGCUGAUGCUGAAAGAUUUGUAUUAAAACCACAACGAGAAGGCGGCGGGAAUAAUUUGUACGGCGAUGAAGUGCGAGACGCAUUGUUACGCAUGCGUCAUAGUCGCGAGCGAGCUGCGUACAUACUAAUGGAACGGAUACUGCCCCCACUAGUACCAGGAUACGUGGUGCGACCUGGUGCACCAGUGCCUCCGCAGAUAAUGGAUCUGGUCUCCGAGCUUGGCAUAUUCGGUGUCAUCAUUGGCACGAAGGAUAAAAUCAUCAGUAACCGUCAGGUAGGGCACAUGCUUCGUACGAAAUUGGCUGAUGCAGACGAAGGCGGCGUAGCGGCAGGUCUCGGGGCACUAGACUCGCCCUAUCUUAUCGAUAUUUAGCCACGUACUAUACUAUAGUGUUGCACUAUUAUAGUAGCCCUCAGGACAAUGACUAAAGCAAUAAAAAAUAAGUCUCAUACAUACAUACAUAAGGGCCAUCCAACAAAAAAAAAACUAAAGUCUCGUAUAUACUUAGGGGCCAUACAUAAAUUACGGGUCGACAAUGUGUGACAAGGGAACAAAUUUAGUACCCUUUCAGGUAAUAAA